UCGCGGGGUCUCCCAUCGAUGCGGCGUCGGCCACGCGCCGACGACACACGUACCAGGGUGGCGCGCUCCCGGCCACCGCGCUCGCGAGCUUUGAGCUUUGAGCCUCCUCGGCUGCCGUCGACUGCGUUGUCAUCGAGACCGCGGCGUUGUUUGCCUGCGCCGUAUAAAUUGCCAGCUGACAGGCGGUGACAUCCGAGAGUCCGGCACGCGUGUUUGUGUCUGUGGCCGCGCCGCAAGGUGGGAGGGUGGGCAAUGCUGUCUCCCUCCACUCGGGCCCUCGCUCGGGACACCGCCAUGGACGUCGCGCCCUUCUGAAGGUGCCACCAUCCACAGGAUGAGCGAGCAGGACGGAAAAGUUGCCGGAGAGCUGGAGCCGAUGCCAUCUGCCGCGGACGCGGGCGCGGUGCCAGCGCAGGAACAGCCGGGAUCGCCCCCUUCCGCAGAGAAGCCGCAGCCCGAGAGGCGCGAGUCCAAGGCCCGCAGGACGGGCGCCGAGAAAAGCGCGUUGGGCAAAGUCGACCGGAGCGGCGGGGGGCAGCGAACCAGGGGCGGCAAGGAGGACGGCAAACGCGCCGCCACGCACAGGAAGAGGCAGCGGGUGAUGGUGGACAGCUCGAAGGCCAAGACGUCCCUGGAGGCGCUGAAGAUCAGCAUCAAGCAGCUCAAUUGGAGGGAGCUUCCUGUGGGUCGUCGGCAGCCUUGUGACAUUUACUGGCAUGGCGUGUCUUUCCAUGACAACGAGAACAUCUCCUCUGGACAGGUCAACAAGUUUCCAGGAAUGAUGGAGAUGGUGCGCAAGGUGAACCUGAGCCGGACCAUGCGCACGAUGCACGAGCUUUUUCCUGAGGAGUACAACUUCUGCCCGCGCUCGUGGAUCCUGCCCGAGGAGUACCACCUGUUCUCUGCUCAGGUCCGCAUCGCCAAGGAGAAUGACUCCUCGUGGAAGCCCACCUUCAUCAUCAAGCCGGACGGGGGGUCCCAGGGCGACGGCAUCUACCUCAUCAAGGAGCCCCAUGACAUCCGGCUGAUGGGCAGCGCCCAGGCCAAGCCCUGCGUGGUCCAGGAGUACAUCCCAAAGCCGCUGCUGGUGGACAAGCUCAAGUUCGACCUCCGCCUCUACGUGCUGCUCAAGGCGCUGGAGCCCCUCGAGAUCUACGUGUCCCGGGAGGGUCUCUCCCGUUUCUGCACGGAGCCCUACCAGGAGCCCAAUGCCAAGAAUCUGCACCACGUCUUCAUGCACCUGACCAACUACUCGCUCAACGUGCACAGCGGCAAGUUCAUCCACUCGGAGAGCACCAACACGGGCAGCAAGCGCACCUUCUCGAGCAUCCUGGGCCGGCUGGCGGGCAGGGGCGUCGACGUCAAGAAGGUCUGGUCGGACAUCAUCUCCUUGGUCAUCAAGACUGUUGUGGCGCUGGUGCCCGAACUCAAAGUCUACCACCAUGCCGAGAUCCCGCCCGGGAGGCCGGGCCCGACGUGCUUCCAGAUUUUAGGAUUUGACAUUCUGCUCAUGAAGAAUUUAAAGCCCAUCCUGCUGGAAGUGAACGCCAAUCCCAGCAUGAAGAUCGAGCACGAGCAGGAGGUCUCGCCCGGGGUCUUUGAGCACGUGCCCAGUCCGGUCGAUGAGGAGGUCAAGGUGGGCGUCAUCAGGGACACGCUUCGGCUGGUCGAUCCGGUGCAGCGGAGGUGCCAGGCUAACACGGUGCAUCUGACUGGACAAGCACCGGAACUGCAGGACGACAUCUUGGAGGGCGAGCCCCCAGACCGGUGCCCAAGUGACCCGGGUGCCAGUCAGCUGCCAUCACUGUGCCUCAAGCAGGUCUUCCCCAAAUACUCAAAGCAGUUCAGCUACCUGCGGGUAGUCGAGAGGAUCGCCGUGCUCUUCGUCAGGUUCCUUGGUGUCAAGGGGUCCAUGAGGCUUGGACCCACGGCAUUCCGGACUUUCAUCAGGUCCUGCAAGCUCAGCAGCAGCACGCUGUCGAUGGCUGCCGUGGACAUCUUGUACAUCGACAUAACGAGGCGCUGGAGCUGCCUGGCGACGGACCAGCGCGAGUCGGGGAUGUGCCUGCAGGCCUUUGUGGAGUCCUUCUUCUACCUGGCACAGCGGCGCUUCAAGCUCCUGCCACUCCACGAGCAAGUGGUGGCCCUGGCCGACCUCUGUGACCGUCACCUGGAGGCCCUGGAUGAGAGGCGACUGCAGUGCGGCCGCGGGGCAGUGGAGCGAAGGACAGCUCUGGCUUCCUGCCAGCCUGGGAGGCUCAACUCCAUGUUGCCAACGCCCCACUUCAGCUGUCCGAGCACGCUGGCCAAAGCGGGCGACUGUGGGCUUCAAGGGUCCACACAAGAGCCCUUGAAGGAGAACGGCGUGGAGAACUGAGGCCAGGGCACCCACCCUGAGAAGAUAGGCAUCGGGGAGCAUCUGGCAAUGUGCCCCCAUGCCGGCAUGGGCGUGAUUCUGAACUCCUGGGUCGCCCAACUCUGAAUUUGCCUGGGCUGCGAUGGAAGUUUGGAUCACCGUGGCAAUGCCAUUUGACCCUGGCGUCAGAAGGUGGACGUGCCUGCAGAUAAAAUGGUCAACGGUGAAGAGGAGCCAUGUAGAGACACAUGAGGGAGGAGGCCAGGCAGCCGGCUGGGCACCGGUGCCAUGGGAGGGUUUGGAAGGGCUAGUCAGCCCGACUGUCUGAGAUGUGCAUAAAUGGAAUAAAAAAGUGCAGCAGUCCGCACUGUGCCAUCUGGGCGUCUGAAAUUAGGAGAUGGCAGGGAUGGACCUCACUGGUCACCUGCUCUACAUGCUUAGCAUUACAGAUCUAGCUCAGGGGUUACACAAUAUGCCAAGGUCCCUGCCCACCAUUUCUUUGGUAUUGUGAGCUCAGGUCUCUGUGACUGGGCACGUCAUGGGCACUACCAGUUUGCCACUCCUUAGUCACCUGACAGUUUCCAUAUAUGGAAAGCCCUCCGCUCCACCAGCUGGUCCUCUACGUCCAAAGCCAUCCCUGUGGCGUCCCCUGUGUCCCUCGUCUUUCCCAGCUUUGUUUGACUUGCUGGUUUCCAGUCAGGUGUGUGUAGCCAGCUGUCUCACCCUCCUCCUGCGCCUGGCAACUUGGGCAGGCCUGUUCUGUGACGUGGGCAUAAUAACCCUUACUGCCUGGGUGCUAUAAGGUCAUCGUCCCCAAUUCAUACUCCAGAACCACAAAGGUAGCAAGUGGCGUUUGAAUGGUGGCACCCCCUGGCAACCCAUUCCUGAAUUUUCACAAUUGGUGAAAAUCAAUUGGCAGGGUGGGGCCUGCACUGGCACCUCUGCAGGCACCACAUGGGCACUCCUGGCACUCUCUGCUGAGUUUGUGGACUAAUGACUUUCCUUAAUGAUGCAUAUGAGGGCACUGCCAUCUGCACAAUAGGAUACCACUAAAUUGUGUACAGUGAAUGUGGGCACACAUGUUAAACACACGGGUGACGCGUACCCAGUGUGGAUGCACAGAUAUGCUGCCCUGAACCCCUGUGCGUCUGCAGCCUUGUUAUUUUAUUCUCAUUGCCACCACCCAACGUGGAGGACUCACUGAGAAAGACAGAUGAAUCCUGGACAAGUGUGACACUGCCAGUGCCAUGUUAUGGCACCACCUUGUGCCUGCAUGUCACCCUGACGCCCUCCUCCUUAAUGCUCCCAUUUAUCCAGCACCAGCCCGGCAUCCAACAAAAGGCGUUUCACUCA